AUGAAAGCAUUGGUCGAUACUGCAGUAUCACAUACAAUUAUUCAACAGAGUGCAUUAAAUAAAAUUCGACAUAAACAUGUUUAUCCGGUCCAACAACACUACCAUUUGGCUGAUGAUGCUUCGUCUUUAUCCAUUAUCGGCUAUGUUGAUCUUGAGAUUCGAAUCCAACAUGUUCGAACAUAUGUUACAGCAGCCAUUGCAAAGUCAUUGUCAUGUCCAUUGAUUGUAGGACAAGAUUGGAUUACAUAUUACCGUGUUGAUUAUAAAUCAUCCACCAAUCGACUGGCUGUUAAUAACAACAUUGUUUCGGUUCCCGUCGAACGUGUUGAUGAAAUACAAUAUAUUACAAAACUAACAAUAUAUAAUCCAAACAUGUAUUCAUGGCGUUUAUCGGCCAACACGAAUGUUGGCACAAUUACAUCAUUAUUAUCUAGUGACACACUCUCGAAUUUCAUUAAUGGUGAUACUACAACUUCGUUAACAUGUGAUAAUAAUUGUAGUUGUGAACAGCAUGUUAACCAAUAUGCAUAUUCAGAUUCGGAUUGUCUUUGUUCAUACGGUGCUUAUGAUAAUUGUUAUUACCAACGAUAUAUAUCAUCGUUAAAUGAGCAACAACAAUCGCACACGACUAAAUGCAUUAAUAUGAUAACUGAUAAAAAUGUAAAUAAUUCAACAACGCAUGUACCAACUGUGAUUCAAGAUGCUAUCAGACAUAAGCAUAAGAAAAUAUUUGAUACGUCAUCGCCAACAAUUGCUGAAACUACGAUACCACAUACCAUACGUACAGCUGAUAAUCCUCCGGUGAAUUUGAGAUCUUAUCGUGGAUCAGAGCAACAACAACAUGCUCUUCGUAAUAUUCUUAAAAACAUGUCAGCAAGUAAUCAAAUCCGUCCACAUGUCCGUGGUCAUUCAUUUCCAAUUCCAACAACUGAAUUAACUUUGAAACAAUUAUCAGGCCAUUUAUAUUUUACAAAAUUAGAUUUAAAAAGUUGA